AUGUUGGAAAGCUCGACCGUGGUCUGGCUCAGGUCCGCUGCGCGUGAGGCGUCGUACCGGCUCGCGCGCUUCCUUCCCGAGUCGAGCGACGCCGUGCAGCCCGACUCGCCCAUCCACAUCUUGGGGACUGUGGUGGAGGCCUCUGCUGAGGCGACCGCCGAGGUGCAGGCCUGCGUGCGUGCGUGCCUUUGGUUCACGUACCGGCAGCACUUUGAGCCGAUCCCGGGCACGGCGGCGACGGUGGCGCUCUUCGCCGACUGCCUCGCCGCACCCUAUUCGCUCCACCGGAUCACGCUCGAGGGCCAGGCGCAGGGGCUGCCGGUCGGGCGGUGGAUGGGGCCGGCCAGCAUCGCGCAGGUGCUGGUUGUCGCGGCGGCGAGUGGUGGCGGAGGCGGGUGGCGGCCGCUGCUGCUGCUCGUGCCCCUGCGGCUGGGGCUCGACCGGCUCAACGCGGAGUACGUGCCAACCAUCCUCGGCUUGCUGCGGCUGCCUCAGUGCGUCGGAGUCAUCGGAGGACGGCCGCGCUCGUCGUACUACUUUAUUGGGAGCCAAGGCGAGCCCGCGCGACGGCUGCUCUACCUCGACCCGCACGAGGUCCAGCCCGCGCUGCGGCCCGACGACCCCGACGUCGCCUCCUGCCACUACGGGCGAGGCCUCAGGUCGGUCCGGGUGGGGGACAUCGACCCGUCGCUGGCGUUCGGCUUCCUGUGCGGGAGCGCGGACGAGUUCGACGAGCUCUGCGCCGGCUGCGCGCGCGUCGGCUCCUCCUCCCUCUCCGCCUUCAGCAUCGCCGAGGCGCGCGUGCUCUGCUACGAGCGUGCGGGCAGCGAGGCGGAGGAGGCGGAGCCCCUCUCCUCGGACGACGACGACGACCUCGUCGUCUUGUAG